AUGAGGCAUGUGGCACUCGGGCUACUGUAUCUUAUCCUCCUGUCUGCAUUCCAAUCAGCCUCUGCUUUGCCGAGAAAGAGCAAAGGCAUUGGCAGUCAUCGUUCUGGCAGUGGUAAAGGCAGCCAUGGAUUAGGAGGUCUCCUUUCUGGCCACGAUGACAAGAAGACCAGUAGCAAAACCGACGAUAAGAAGCACGGAUUUAGUGGACUCUUCGGCCACGAUGACAAGAAGAACAAUGGCAAAACCGACGACAAGACGCACGGGCUCGGCGGAAUCUUUGGCCAUGAUGAUAAAAAGGUCGGCAAAGGCGACCCACAGAAGCCUGGAAAUCGCAAACCCGGUGGCAAGAAUGCUGGCAAAGACUCCAAACACGGCAAGGAUAGAUGCAAAACUUCCAAAGGUGGUUCUUCCCAGGGCCAAAAGCUUUCUCCCCGAGAUAUCGCAGCCCGAGAUCUUGCCAUACGCGAAGAAAGCAGCAAGAUUGGCCAGGAUGGCAUGGAAGGUGCCCUUGCGAAUACCAAAACGCUUCAGACUAUUUACCUCCGAACCCGCAUCGGCAUUGCUAUCACCGGAGAUGAUAGAAUUUACUUGUACUGGCUGUUGCAAUGA